GCCAGGACCGCGGGAAUGCCCGCGGGAAUGCCCGCAGGAACGCUGACCGGCCCCGGACCGCUGACCGGCCGGAAUGACAAUGCCUGGCAGGACGCGCAGUCUCCCAGCGGCUCGCCCAGCAGAGACUACACUUCCCGUGAUGCCGCGCGGCAGAGCAGGGCCGCGGUGUGCGUCAGCGGCGCGAGUAGCCAAUCGCGGCGCGGCCGAGGCGAGCGCCGUCCGCCGCCAAUCUUGUUUUCGCUGAGUCGAGGCGCUGGUGUUGUUGGCGGCGGCGCCAUAUUGGAAGGGACGAGCGCCCGCUCUCGAGCAGCCCCUGGGCGCGGGCCCGGCCGCCGCCAUGCUGUACCUGGAGGACUAUCUGGAGAUGAUCGAGCAGCUUCCCAUGGAUCUGCGCGACAGGUUCACCGAGAUGCGCGAGAUGGACCUGCAGAUGCAAUGGAUCAGCUUGAGCAGAGGGUAAAUGAAUUUUUUAUGAAUGCAAAGAAAAACAAACCUGAAUGGAGAGAAGAACAAAUGACAUCAAUCAAAAAAGAUUAUUAUAAGGCUUUGGAAGAUGCAGAUGAAAAAGUGCAACUGGCUAAUCAAAUAUAUGAUCUGGUAGACCGUCAUUUGAGAAAAUUGGACCAGGAACUCGCUAAAUUUAAAAUGGAACUUGAAGCAGAUAAUGCUGGAAUUACAGAAAUAUUAGAGAGACGGUCUCUGGAGCUGGAUACGCCAGCACAGCCUGUGAAUAACCAUCACUCCCAUUCUCACACUCCAGUAGAGAAAAGGAAACACAAUCCAUCUUCUCACCAUAGUACAACAGAUCAUGUUCCUGAAAAGAAGUUCAAAUCUGAAGCUCUUCUAUCUACCCUGACUUCAGAUGCUUCUAAAGAAAAUACACCAGGGUGUCGAAACAGUAAUUCAUCAUCCUCUUCAAACAAUGCAUACAAUACAAACUCUUCUCAACCAUUGGCAUCAUAUAACCUGGGCUCAUUAUCUUCAGGAUCCGGGGCCGGUGCAAUAACCAUGGCAGCAGCUCAAGCAGUGCAAGCCACAGCACAGAUGAAGGAGGGAAGACGAACAUCCAGUCUAAAAGCCAGCUAUGAAGCAUUUAAGAACAAUGAUUUUCAGCUUGGAAGAGAAUUUUCAUUGUCCAGAGAUUCAGCUGGAUAUUCGUCAUCAGCUCUGGCAUCUACAUUAACUCAGACGUUAAGUUCAUCAACCUCAGAUUCACGAAGUGGCAGAAAAAGCAAAAACAACAACAAAUCGUCAAGUCAGCAGUCCUCCUCGUCAUCAUCUUCUUCCUCUCUAUCAUCAUGUUCUUCUUCAUCUGCUCUGGCGCAAGAACUGUCUCAGCAAACAGCAGUAAUACCAGAGUCUGAUUCCAAUAGCCAGGUUGAUUGGACCUAUGAUCCAAAUGAGCCACGUUACUGUAUUUGUAAUCAGGUGUCCUAUGGUGAAAUGGUAGGCUGUGAUAACCAAGAUUGCCCUAUUGAGUGGUUCCACUAUGGAUGUGUUGGACUGACAGAAGCACCGAAAGGGAAAUGGUACUGUCCACAGUGUACAGCUGCAAUGAAGAGAAGAGGCAGUAGACAUAAAUAAGUUCCUUCAACUGGAAAAAAAAUUGCAUACUAAAGGUUUUAUAAAGGACUUGGGAGGAGAGGGGCAACUCUCAACACACUUCCUUGAACCACUGAAGAGUAACAUAGCAAUCAUAGAAUGGUAUGGUUGGAAAGGACCGUAAAGAUCUUCUAGUUCCAGCCCUCAGUCACAAGAUCUUGAACUAUUGGUUUUGCUAAGUCAUGUUUUAAUAUUGUAGGUAAAUUAUUUACGCACCUUGAUGUGCUACAGAUACUAUUCCAGUGAGCCUUGGAUUAUUCCAGUGGCCAACAUAUGCAGACAUUUGUACUAUCAAACCAUUUUCUCUAAGCAGUGGGCAUUCUACAAUUACUCAAUCUUCCAAAAAUUCAGAUAAGUCAAGAUUUUAAAUGUAUGUUUUAUAUACAACAGAUAUAUUCUGCUGCAUGUACUGUACUCAAGAGCUGUUACGUAACACUAUGUAUAUUAAUAGUGCAAAAAGUCAGUGCUUCUGAAAGGAAAAAGAGACAGUGGUUUUUAAAAUGCCUUUAUAGCUUUGGUUCUUUAUGAAAUUUAAUUCAGCAGGCUGAAGAAAAUGGUUCUUGUAUACAGCGGGCUGUUGUCCUUUAGGAUACUUGAGUAUGUAAAAGCAAAAAAAAUGCUGUAGAAUAAAACAAACUUGUGCCAUUAGUCUUUAUAUGUUUCUGCUCCAAGAAGGCAGGGGCCAUAAGAAGAAAAAAAGGUGUUAAAGUGACAAUAAAUUUUUAUACCAAAUGUGUUUAUUUUUUUGUGCAAGUAAUCCUUUAAAUUUGAAUUGUAUUAGGUGUAAAAUAAAAGAACCUCAACUCCUCA